AUCUCUAAAACCGCAAACGGUAAACAUUUAGGUACAUAAACAAGCUGGAAUUUAUCAUUAGAGCUACUUUCAAUUUACAAACUUUUAUUGGUUGAAAAUAACAAGUGAACUUCGAAAAAAUGGAUAAUUUAGAAGCAAAUAUAAUGGACAAGUCCAUGAGAUCUGUUUUUGUUGGAAACAUACCCUAUGAAGCUACUGAAGAAAAGUUGAAAGAUAUAUUUGGUGAGGUUGGUCAAGUAUUAUCAUUCAAACUUGUCUUUGAUCGUGAAACUGGUAAACCAAAAGGUUAUGGAUUCUGUGAAUAUAGGGAUCAAGAAACCGCCUUGAGUGCAAUGAGAAAUUUGAAUGGGUAUGAAAUAGGAGGUCGUAACUUGAGAGUUGAUAAUGCUUGUACAGAAAAAUCUAGAAUGGAAAUGCAAAAUCUGCUCAAUCAGCCACCUGUAGAAAAUCCUUAUGGGGAGCCUAUUCAAGCAGAAAAAGCACCUGAAGCAAUAAGUAAAGCUGUAGCUUCUCUACCUCCAGAACAGAUGUUCGAGUUAAUGAAGCAGAUGAAGACAACAAUUCAGGUUAGAAUAAUUAU